AUGCAGAAUGGUCUGCACCCAAGAAAAGGAAAUAAGGUUGAGACCAAAGAGGCUUCCCAGCAAUCAGAGAGGGAGGAAAUGGAAGGAGGAGCUUCAGCAGCAGCAGCUGAAGCCACUGAUGAGGAGGAGCCCAGAGAGCCAACUCUGCAUGAUAUUGCUGGGAUUCUUCGGGCUUUCAUGGGACAACAGGAAGUUCGGGAGAAAAAGCAGAGAGAAGUUUCUGCACAACAAGAACAGCGCUUUAGGAGCUUGCAACACCAGUUUCGGCUUUUGCAGAUGGAAAUACAGGCCAGGACAACCCCGCCCCCUGAGCCCACAUCAACUGAUCCACCACCUGUUACAACUCAAAUUGAUCAGAUUCAAGCAACAUCUCAACCUGAGGAUUCAGCUUUCAGCUCAACAGGUCAGUCUGUGCACCUUCCUCAUCCUAAAUUGGAAAAAUUGACUGCUGAAGAUGAUGUUGAGCACUUUCUGACCACGUUUGAGAGAAUUGCAGCUGCUUAUCGUUGGCCACAAUCGGACUGGGUUUUCCAUCUCAUUCCUCUUCUGACGGGUAAGGCUCGCUGUGCCUAUGUUAACAUGGAUGUGGAUGAUUCCCUGGAAUAUGGAAAGGUUUGGAUCAAGGAGCACAAUCCGAAGUCUGCUGCAGAAGCUGCUACUCUCGCUGACGUGUUUGUGGCUGCCAGAAGUAGGAGUCAGCCAUGGAGCAACAGUGCAUGGAGAGCUGCCAAAGAUUCACGUCGGUUACAACCUUAUCAGCCUCAUCAAAAGCUAGCAACGGGUGGGGGUCUAUAAGCUGUUGGGCAUCAGGAGCAUGAGGACAACACCAUACCACCCACAGACGGAUGGCCUGACGGAGCGUUUUAACCAAACUCUCAAACA